AUGCCUUACCAUGAUGAGGAGUAUCCUGGACAGCCUCUCUGGCAGUCUGUGCUGCUGUUCUGCUGUAAGGGAAUGAUCGAGGGCAUCAUGGUCAUACUUUUCUUCUGGCUGCUAGUGCAGGUUCUGUUUACCAAACAAUUAGAAGUUCACCUCCAGAUUCUGCUUUUGGUUGGCCUGAUAGUCUUUUGUCUGUGUUUGAUCCUGGGUUGUAUUCUCUGCGUGAGAACGAGUAAGAUCCAUCUAUUCAACAACAACAAACCCAUGACAUCUGCCCCUGCUCCUGCUGAACCCACGACGCUGGCCCAGAGCCCACCCCCCUCAGCAGCCCUGUCACUAGACAGGGAGAAGUAUGAGGAAUUGGAUGGAGAUACUCUGGAGUACCCCUCCACCUUCACCAGUCCUGCCCCCUCUGAGGCUGGGUCUUCCUCUCUGUAUUUCUCCUCUCAUACCCAUGCUGGCUCUGAAAGGAAGGAGCAUCCAAAGUCCUACUUUUCCCUGCGCCGCCUCAGCACCCCACCUAUAAUGUCCCCCCUUUAUCAGCCCAUGGACCAUAGCCGUGCAUCCUUGCCAACACUUCCCAAGCUAGGACUGCUGUCCAAAACACGAAAGUUUUUAGAGAGGCGUCGCACCAUUACUGGGGGCAGUAUUUCUUAUACAGAGCACAGUAGACUCACCGGCCCAGUUGCUGGUUCUCCUUCUGUGCUGGAGGAACUGAUCCCACUGGCUCCACUAUACUAUGGCUCAAGCACCAGCUACAGACGACCAGCCUCAUCCAUCCCCUGCCUCCACUUCACUGUGGCCUUCUCUCCAGAGCAGCGCACCCUGACUGUGAACAUGCUCGGCCUCAGCGGGACCUCCCACAGACUAGAGGAUCUGUCUGUGCUGGGCAGCCUACCGCCUCUUUGCCCAUGUCCCAUGCAGGCGUCUGCUGGCUGUAGUCUUAGGCCUGAGCCCCAAAGACUGAUUCUGGUUUUCAAGGUGGGCUCUGUUGAGGAACUCAAGUGCUGUGUUCUCAGAGUCGCUCUCAAUACGCAAGCCUUUCCCAGCCAAAGAGGUACCCCCUUGGGGGAACUGGAGGUCCAGUGUGGUGGAAAAGACUGGAAGGCGGAUUAUCCAUUCCACUUUACUGAAGAGCUCAGCCUAAGCAAGUGGGUGCUGAAAAAGAGCCUGAACUCCCAGGAGGCACCACCUAGCAAAGGGCUCAGCUAUUCAUCACAGACCUUAGGGCAGCUCUUCAUUCUGCUCCAGUAUCAGACCCUUGCCCAUCGAAUCAAAGCCACGGUCCUCAGAGCGGAUAACCUCACAGCAGUCCCUCAGCUGCCAGCAACACCAGAUUUGCAUGUGCGGAUUAACCUGCACCACCAGGGUCUGCUGACUGACACCAGGGAAACCAAGGGAGGGUGCAGCACAAUGUGGAAUACUCCUUUCUUGUUUGACCUUCCCCAAGGAGAUGUCAGUCAACUCUCUCUUAUGCUGGAAUUCAUAGUCAUGCAGAAUCAACCCCAUUCAAAAAGUACAGUACUUGGGAGAGUGCUGAUUGGUUCAGAGGCUCCGGAGGCAGGACGUGCCCACUGGAGGGACAUGUGCAGCCAGGGGCCGAUAGAGCCAGCACGCUGGCAUGCUAUACAACCAGAGCCUCUAUAG